UCAUAGGCUGAGUUACCUGAGUGAGCAAUCCAUGUGAUCGCGACAUGCUUGUAAAUCCGUUCACGUGGAAUCAGAUUAUAACUUCAGUCUUCGACCAUUGCACUUCUACCCGUUCCACGAAUUCUUUGUACCAAAACGUGGACUCGCAGGCUUUUCGGCUCGAGCACCUUUCCUCGCUUUUCUGCUCUACCUCUUGCUGGUUCUCUGGCUUCUCUGGAUAACUCUAGAUCUUACUCCUCACCUUCCAAACCUACUAAAAUGGCACCAGUUCCAAAGAGUACCAAGAUGCACUCAAAAGUUGUCAUCAUUGGCUCUGGUCCUGCCGGACACACCGCUGCGAUUUACCUUGCACGCGCCAACUUAGAACCAGUUCUAUUCGAGGGAUUCAUGGCAAAUGGUUUCGCUGCUGGAGGGCAGCUCACAACGACCACCGAUGUUGAAAAUUUCCCUGGUUUCCCGACUGGGAUUCUUGGACCUGAACUGAUGGACAAAUUCCGUGAACAAUCCGUGCGAUUUGGAACGAAGAUCAUUACGGAAACCGUGUCCAAGAUUGACCUUUCUCAAAGGCCGUUCCGAUACUGGAGAGAGAUGCAGGAAGAUGGGGAGCCGGAGACUGCUGACACAAUCAUUGUUGCGACUGGUGCCAGCGCAAAGAGGCUUGGUCUAAAGGGUGAAGAGAUCUACUGGCAGAGUGGGAUCAGCGCGUGUGCAGUAUGCGAUGGUGCUGUUCCUAUCUUCAGGAAUAAACCUCUUGCUGUGAUUGGUGGAGGCGAUUCUGCUGCCGAAGAAGCUACCUACCUAACUAAAUACGGUUCUCACGUUUAUGUUCUCGUUCGUCGCAAUGAACUCCGUGCUUCGAAAAUCAUGGCAAAACGACUUCAAAACAACCCCAAGAUCACAAUGUUGUGGAACACCGUAGCUACCGAAUGCCAAGGGGAUGGUGACCUCUUGAAGAAUCUUCGUAUCAAGAACGUCGAGACUGGUGAAGAGAAGGACCUUGCUGUGAAUGGCCUCUUCUAUGCCAUUGGACAUGAACCCGCUACUUCAAUCUUUCGAUCACAGUUGCAGACGGAUCCGGAUGGUUACAUUGUCACUGUGCCUGGUACGACACAAACAUCUGUCAAGGGUGUAUUUGCAGCUGGCGACGUACAGGACAAACGUUACCGGCAAGCUAUCACCUCUGCGGGAAGCGGUUGUAUGGCCGCUCUGGAGGCAGAAAAACUGAUUGCUGAGGAAGAAGAGGAACUCAAUGGCGAAUGAAAGAGUGCAUAUAUCUUACUUUUUACUUUUAGAAUUUUAGCUUGUUGCUUGUUUUCCGUAGACUCAAAUAAAGGAACAAUGAUAGUUGUAUAGUAUAUGACUGUACCUAGGAACAAAAUUCUCUUCCUCGUACUCCAAGGACACCUGGCCUGGCUAGAUCGAGUGGGGCACAAACUCGC